AUGAUUACAUGGCGUGUAAUUAACUCAAGUUCUAAUCCACUUGUUAUUGAAAUAUUUCAACGUCAUGCAUGGAAUUAUGUGACGUGGCCAUGUACAAAUGCACUUAUAUCUACUGGUAAUUAUAUGAUUGGUUCCGGAAGUUUAGUAUGUACUGCACCUUGUCCACCAAAUAUUAGUACACUUAAUUCUGUAGCUGUUCCAUGUACUGGCUAUAAUAUAAUCGAACAAUAUGUUAGUGGUGAAAAUCGAUUCAAUAUACGAGUACCAUCAAAUUAUAUCUUUCGAGCAGUAUUCACAAGUUCGGCUUGGUUUAUAUUAGUAACAGGUGGAAGUACAUGGUCAGUUUCUACUGAAAUAAAUACUUAUAAACGAUCAAAUGGUCGAUAUAAUCAAGCACCCAUUGUUACAAUGUUACCAAUCAUACGACUUCGUAGUAAUUUAACUUAUUAUAUAAAAAUUAAUGUUGCUGAUAAUGAUUUUGAUCGAUAUACAUGUAUUUGGUCAAAUUCAUCGCAAGAAUGUGGUGGUGUUUGUCGAUCUUUACUUACUCUACCUACUUCAACAUAUCUUAAUGAAACAAGUUGUAUUCUUCGUUUUACACCAAUUAUUGUUGGUUAUUAUGCAAUAGCAUUAACUAUUCUUGAUUUUGAAAACGAUACAAGUACAGCAUAUCUUUCACGAGUUCCUAUUCAAUUUAUUUUAAGAGUUUGGAGUUCACCUAAUACAUGUACAACACCACCCAUCUAUAUAGGUGAUGUACCUGCUGAUCAAUGUAUUUUUGUUGAACCUGGUCAAUCACUUACCAUGCUUAUUCGUAUUAAAGUUCAAUGUGCAAAUGCAACAUUAAAUAAUACGAUUGGAGUUUAUCCAACAGGAUUUACACAAUCAUCAACAUAUCUUGAUCCUUAUGAUCCAACUAUAAAUGUUUUUCAAGUAAUUUAUGUGGCUAAUGCAAACCAAGUUGGUCAAAAUUUAUUUUGUUUUGCUGGUGUGGAUUCAAUUGGUAAUCAAGGUGAUUCAACAUGUCUUCGUUUUACUGUACAAAUAUCAACGGACAGUCGAAAUACUCUUUAUAUUGAUAAUGCAACUCAUUUUCCAAUAGGUCUCGUUCCGAAAUCACAAUCAAUAUGGACAUUAAAGUAUCCAGAAGGAAUAACAUACAAUCGACCAACAACUGAAGCUUAUAUUCGUUUUAAAUUAUCAUCAACUCAACAAGAUUUUCUAACAUAUGAUGUUGUUAAAGAAAUGUCGAAUGUAAACUAUCAAACAGAUUGUUUAGUCAUAACAACAAAUGUUAUAUUUACACCGGGUGAAAGUUUUUUUAUUUCAUUAGAUCCAGGUGUUUUCUUGCCAAUUUCAAGUUGUUUAAGAGAUUCAAUGGGUAUAACAGAUCCAACAUUUUGGCCAUUUCAAAUUGCAUCUGAACCAAGUUCAACAUUAACAACUAGUACAACAACACAAUCAAGUACAACAACAAUAUUAAAUCGAACAGUACCAACAAUACGUACAUUAUCUACUACACAUUUAUUAUUAACUACGAAAGGAACAACUUUAGUAUGUACAACUACAAUUAGUUUAUCAACAACUAUAAAAACAAUAGUUACACCAUAUGUAUUUCCUGUUAGUGGUAUUGUUGGUAUUAUAGUUGGUUCUUUAUUGAUAAUAACAAUACUUGUUAUCAUUAUUUUUCAAUUAAGAAAACGUAGGAAUGCUAAAUCAACAGUUAAUCCUUAUCCACCUGCAACUAAGAAACAUUCACUUUCGGGAACUCUUCAACAAUACUUUAUUAAAACUCGUACCAACAUUCAAGCAGCUCGUCGAUCAAGAAAUAAUACAACAUAUUCUGCCCUCUAUACACCGGAUUCAACUCGUGAAAUUCUUGUCGAUAUCGAUUCUUAA